GUUAACCUCACCAAAGCUGGUACUGUCGAUUGACAAAGAGCAGAAACUUUACGUAUUUCAGUUGAACAAGAGGAUAAAUGGCUGCUUGCCGACCAAUUGUGGAGUGUGCAACUUGCAGCACGGAUACUUUGCUGGUGAGGAAGUUAAAUUGAACCGGAAGUACUAUUGCUAUAAGUGUCCAAAAAGAAUGAUUUCGUACAUAUGAAACUUUGAAGAGACAUUUUGGGAGAAUUUCGCACAUUUCUCUUCAAUUUUUCCGUUGUUUUCGAUCGAAAAGAUUUUGUGGACGGUCUUACACCUUUUUAUUGAAUGAAGUGACAUCGUCAACCGGCUUUUUUUAAAAAGCCGGUUGACGAGCAUAAAAAAUAUGUUAAAUUUGUAGAGCAUAAAUCCACUAAUGGGCCACUAUUAAGAAGCAAAGACAUUUUAGGUCUAAAUAUCCAACUACGUUUAUAAAGAUAAGUAAGAAAGUUCGGUAUGUAAAAUGACCAAGUCAUUCUAUAUAUUUAUUUAGAUUAAAAAUUGUUCAGAAAGUUUGUGUGUCCAAACACAUUUGUAAUUCAUAAAGUAACUACUCGUGAUAUCAUCCUGGUAGAGAGAAAAGCUACUGCUUCAGUCCUAAAACAGAGUUUGAGCGAAAAAUGAAGCAGUCGUACAAACAAAUAUCAAAAAAACCGACAAACUUUGGCUUGUCGGUGUUUACUGGUAGGUAGAAUUUAUUUUCAUUUAGAAUUUGCAACAAAAUCGUAAAAAUGCAGUUCACAAAAUCCCCGAAAUGUUUGUAAAUUGUAAACAAAGUUCCUGCUAAGUGACGUUUUUGAUUUACAAAAGUUACUUUUUUCAUUUUUAUCCAUGAUUUGGUAAAUGCUGAAACAACUAUCCCCCUCAGGGUCGUCGGUGAACAGCGCCAAAUAUUUAGCUCGACGCUUCGGGUCUCGGUAUAUAAUCAUCCACCACUACUCACCUCUCCUUCGGGGGAUAGUUGUUUACUAUUUAUUAAAAGUGUUGAUUAACGUAGGAAAAUUAAACGACCUUCCCGGGGGUAAGGGGUGGGGGUACUCGACCAGUGGCCAGUGGGUAUAGGUGAUCCGCUGACCCUGACCCUGUUUAGGACAAAAAAUUCCCCAAAUACAUACCCCGUUUAAGACAACACCCUCAAUUUUAGUACCUUGUUUAGGGAAAGGACAAAAUGCACGCCAGAGCAAAUUCACGUUAUAAUCAUCGCUUUUGUAUACUUGGAAUACAAACAAAAUUCAUCUAGCAAAUCAAAUCAAUCGUGCAGGCAAUACCGUGUUGAUCGACUCACAAAAAAUUUAUACCAAUUAUAUACCCUGUUUAGGACAGAGAGGUCAAUAACCAUACCCUGUCCACCGGCACAUCCCCGUAUAGGCCAUAUAAAGGAAUACCCCCUGGGACAUAUUGAGAGACUGAAGAGCAUGAUGCAGGCCUGUCUAUAGACUUUUUCAUUUUAUACCCUACCGACCAACGACUUAUGGGCAUUAAACGUGCUGAAUGGGAAUGAAUUCAACAUGAGCUUUGUUCUUAAGUUUUUCAUAUUCUUUUAAUCAUUCUACGCUCUCAAAUUAAAGGUCACAGAAAAAGACUGUUUUGCCAACGAAAAGUGCUCCCGCGGCUCUGGCGAGAAGGAGAGAGCCAAUUAAAAUACCGUUUUUCCAUUUCAAAUACUUUAAAUUCAAUGGCAGAUUGAUUCAACAGUUUACUUAAGCCCCGGUGGCCUUUUCUAGCCCCAUCACUCAUGGUGUUUAAUCAUUAACGUUGCCUAUCUCUCUCUCCUUUAUUCAGAUAAUCACAUGUGAAAGUGGACUGCACACAUUCUGCCAGGAAUGCGCGAUGAACUACUUUCUCUCACUCGGAGACCCUAACACCGUGGCUGGUUCCGCGGAAGCUGGAUUAAGCUGUCCUCUGACAGACGACUGUGGAUCACAGCUCGAAUUUGGUCUUGUGAGGGAUAUUCUGGGUCAGAUAAAUCGUGCUGCAGGACCUAGAGUGCAGAGAAAUUUGCGAGAGCACAUCUUGAGGUGUUUGGGGAGGAAUGUUCGCAUUCCCUGUCCAAACGUGGAAUGCGCUUAUUUCGUCAUUCAAACAGAACACGAUGAUUUUCAAGAACUCUUUCUGUCUUGCCCCAAUUGCUCUAAAACAUAUUGCCUCACCUGCAAGCACUCUCUCAGCUGUCAAGGUUACAAGGAUCACAUUUGCCCAGCUGAUGAUGACAUAACCGACACUGACGCCAACCUAAAAUUAAAUGAAGUUCUUACCCAAGCUAUUUCAGUUCGAUGCCCCAAUAGGCAAUGCAGAGCGUCUGAGGGAGCUCCUCUCGCGGUCAAAGAUCCUGCGGAUUGCAACACAAUGAGAUGUAGCAGGUGUUACAGAUUUUACUGCUUCAUUUGCUCCAUGGAUUUGGGGAGAGAAAGCUACCGGGCACAUCAAGCAUUCCCUCACAGGUAACUGAGUAAAUACACGCUCUUGCCUCUCUGCACCUAGUCUUGUUUCCUAGGGACGAGUAAGUUAGAGAGGGCCCUGCGAACGAGGUCCUGAUUAUGGACCAUCCCACAAUGCAUUAAUGGCCGUGUUAGGACGACUUUAAAGUCUAGUAUAGCCAGAAAAGCAGACGCCUUUAAUCUCUGACGACUUAAACAUCUUGUUUUAAGUGCGUCGUUCAGACGCAUUAAGAAACCGGGCGACUUUAAGACGUUAAAUGCGUCCAGUAUAAAAAUGAGACGAAAUGACUGAGACAGUGUUUUGCCCUUUUUUUUACAAAGGAAUCUGUUCUUUUUAAUUCCUUUCGUCUUACAAUUUAACGUUAAAUGCGUCUUGACGACUUAAACUUCUCUAGCAUAAAAAAAAGGUCACUAUGUACGUGGCGAUAACUUUUUCGAUUUUUUUUUUCAAAGAAAAAAGUUUCUUUCCCCAUUUUGUAGUUAAGUAACGUCAGGAGCCCAUAACCCGGAGCAUCUAACUUCCAUACUGCGCCUAUCCAACGGCGUUUUCACAAGUAGGAUUAUUUUUAGAUAAGCAUUUCCUGCGAAUUGCUUUCGAAAAACCAAUCACAAGCAAGUGCGUCAUCAAUAAUGAACUUUUAAUACGUAACCAGGACAAAUCCUUCACAUUGAAAAAAAAAGCAUGGAGGACGCACGUGAGGAAUCUUCAGAGGAUUCCUCUGACAGUACUUAAAGCGACAAUUUCAGUAUUUACAAGGAGACUAGCAGUUCAGAGGAAGAUCUGCAAAACGUAGAAGAGCCCGGGACGUCUACGUCAUCGGCGACAACGCAUAAUUCACGCAAAGGGAAAUCGAAAUCAUCUUCGAAACAGCCGGCUGUGAAAAGGUCCAAGCGACAACAGUCAUUUUUCUAGGAAAAAGCUUAGCUAAAAAUAAACUCACUUGUAAAAACGCCGUUGCACGAAUUUAUGGCAGUUGCACGCUUCGGAUUAUGGGCUCCUGGUAACGUAUAAAGGCCUAGUGCAUUGAAAAUACCCAGACCUAGCCCCUUAAAAGAUAAAAAAAACAAAAUGGUAAAAAAGCAGACAAGAUCGUUGUGGCUUUCUAACAGUACACUUGCCUUAGUUCUUAGGCUGCGUGCAAACGGACGCAACAACUACCAACAUUGUUGCGCCAACAAUGUUGGAAGUUGUUGCGUCGGUGUUGGCAGUGGUGUGCAAACGGAUGCAACAACUCCCAACAAUGUUGGGACCUGCAGUGCAUCGUGGGAAGGAUACAACCCAUAAGUCUUUGUAAACCAUGCGUAAUGAGCGUGCGUGGCCCCAACAAUGUUGGAAGAGUUGUGCAAACGGAUCCAACAUUGUUGCGCUACGCUUCGGCGAUCACGGAACAAAAGAAAUGUUGGGAGUUGUUGGCUGAAAAGUUUGACCGGUUUCAAAAUGCGCAACAACACGCAACGACAUCCAACAAACAUGCAACAGGGUGUGCAAACGGACACAACAUGUAACAUCCAACAAUGUUGCGUCCGUGUGCAAGCAGCCUAAGGGAGAAAAGUCAUCUAAAUUUUGUUUUUUCUCUUUUACUUACAGGAACGCUAAAAUGACAGAAGCGCGUCAAUGUUGGCUUGUCAACGAUGAAGAAAUGCAGCAAACACAUGAAACUGCAAUAGAAAUUCGACAAUUGAUCGCUGUUAGGAACUACCUGUUCUCGCUUGAUGUAAGUGAUGAGAGAAAAGUACGGCUUCUCGAACGCAAUCGUAGAAUUUUAGGAAACCUCCAUUCUGCUUUACAAGAGGAGUUAGAGCGUACUAAAGUUACAGUGAAUUGUGUCAUUGUAUAGAAUACUCUCUUGAGGUAGCACACGCGAUAUCGGGGAGCUUAAGCAACUACGACAGCGAUAGCUGCGAAAACGACACUUAAAAAGUGAAUUAGCGCUGCCUCAAACUUUAACGCGCUUAUUCCAUCUCGUUCAAUUUAUCAAAUAUUGGCC